AUGAUCCCGCGCCGCAGUUACGAUGCUAGUAGCGCCUCGCCAGCUUUCCAAGCAGCGCGCUGUGUCACCUGUUUACGCCAAUUCCGCCGCCGCCUCUCCAUCGGUAGCGCGACCCGCACGCUCGUCGUCAUGUCGCGCCGGGGCUUUCCGCCAGUUGCGCCGCCAGCGGCGGUUCUCGUUGUUCUUCUCCUCGUCGCAGCGGCAGCUGGCGGCGCGCGCGGAUUGCGCGGGAACGCGGUGCAACCCCGCAAGCUGGCCGUUGGCGGAAGCGGCGGAGACUCUCCGCGGAGGAGAGCGGCGGAGCUAGUGAAAGAAUCCGCCCAUGCUUCCGCAAUGACGGAGGCGCAUGUUCCGCCGCUGCAGCUGAUUCUGGCGGAAGAAGGCCGCGCGGAGGGCGCAGUGUGCUUGGACGGGUCGGCCCCAGGGUUCUACUAUCGGAAGGGCUACGGCUCGGGACAGAACAACUGGGUGCUGUUCUUCGAGGGCGGCGCGUGGUGCGCGUCCCCCCAUGCCUGCGCGUACAGGGCGCGCAUGCACCUGGGGUCGACGAAGCACGCGCGCUCAAUAGGGGAGAUGCUGGAUAAGCAGAACGGCAGCAUGCAGGGCAUGCUCAGUGGCAGCAAGACCGUCAACCCUGCCUUCUACAACUGGAACGCCGUCUAUUUCAUCUACUGCGAUGGCGGCUCCUUCUCAGGCAACCAGGACGAGCCCGUUCGCUUCAAUGGCAUUCCGCUGUACAUGCGCGGAAGGAAAGUGGCGGACGCGCUGGUUAAGCACCUCAUGGAGAAGAAGGGGCUUGACCACGCUGAGAAGGUGGUUGUGACCGGGAGUUCGGCGGGAGGCGUGGCGGCGCUGCUGCACUGCGAUCGAGUGAGGGACACUCUCACAGCCGCCUCUCCUUCCAUGCACGUCCGCUGCCUUGCUGACGCUUCCAUGUUCCUUGACGUUCCAGAUUCCGACAACACCCAUAGGAUCGCAGCAUUCUUUUCUAAAGUGCAGACCAUGCAUAAUCUCACCAUCAGCCUCCCACCAGCGUGUGUCAAGGAGCGAGCGCUAGAGCAGCAUCAUCAGUGCUUCAUGGCCAACCAUAUUCUGCAGUACGUCACAACGCCUCUCUUCCUCAUCAACAGCAACUACGACAAAGUUGCGAUGAGGGCCAUUACACAACCAGAGGUGUUGGAUUCAGGAUUAACGGCCCCACCUGACUGCUUCGACCAUCUCAGCACCUGCACUGCCAAGGAGAAAAAAAUCUUUGAGGAUUACCGCAAGGCAGUGGCGAACGCAGUGGCACCUCUCGUGCACUCCACACCUGCCAACGCCGUCUUCCUCUUCUCCUGCUUUCAGCACGGCUCCAUUCACUCAGACGUCCCGUGGAUGAAGCGCACGGCCAAAGGCAUG